GAGUUGUUAUUGUCUACCUUGGGUGCACGCUCGGGUGGGACGCCGUAACUUAGCGACGGUUGAAAUCCAAGAGGUCAACUGUUUGUGGUGUCUCCUUCAAGCACGUCUGUCUUUUUCCGAUGGGAUAUUUGUGUGGACAGUAAACGGAGCUCCACUGGAUAAGGAACAGAUAAUUGGACAAAGGACGACCUCUACCCCGCUGUCGCCGAAUUAAUACAGAUCCUCAUUGUGUGACUGGCUGCACUCUACACUUCCUCCCUCGCUAUUUGGGGGAAGCAGUGGUCCACCAUCACAGUCAGAGCUUCGUGGCAAAAGAGGGGUAGAUCCACAACCUGGUGGUAGGAGAGAGGUAGAGGCAGGAUGAGUGGCAAGGCUCGCGGGAAGAAGAAGGAUGAGAAGCCACCACCCGCCACAGGACCAGGCAGUCGCAUUGUAUCGCUGCCCGAACCGCUUAAAAAGAAACACAUCAAGAGGCUGGAGGAUGGCAAGGUGCACCUUCAGUUCGGAACCGCCAACAUGAAGUCCCUCCCUAUUGAAAUCUACGACAACGAGGAGCUGAGUGCUCUAACCGUCCGCUUCAACGCCGAGAACAACCGCUUGAAGAAGCUGCCCAAGUCGUUGGCCGCCCUGGAGAACCUGGAGUACAUCGACGUCAAGAACAACGCCAUGUCUUCAUUUCCAGCUUCUGUCUCUCGCAUGAAGAAGCUCGUCACUCUGGAUGUCACCAACAACUCCAUCAAAAAGCUGCCACCGGCCAUCCACAAAGCCACCGCCUUGACCACACUGCUGGCCCCUAACAACCGUCUACGUGCCCUUCCCAAGAACAUCGGCAAAGCGGGGUCCCUGGAGUUCCUCGAUGUUUCUCAUAACCUGCUCAAGAGCUUCAAGAAGGGUGUGUAUGAGAUGCCUGGCCACAUAGAUCUUUCCAGCAACAGGCUGACUGACAUGCCGGCAGCCACAGUGAAGAAGCCUCACAUCAAGCGCCUGGACCUGGCCCACAAUUCCAUCGCCGUCGUCCCGGAGUCCAUCGACCGUCUCAAGUGCCUCACCCACCUCGACCUGUCCUACAACUCCUUAGAUGAACUGCCGGCUCAGAUUGGGAUGGUCAAAUACCUGCACUAUCUCGAUAUCUCCAACAACACUCUGAAGGCUAUCCCAGACGAGAUCUGUUGCUUAGGCUAUGCUCUGGACACCCUGAGGCUAGCUAACAAUGAGAUAGCUAAGCUGCCGGACGACCUGCACAAACUCAAGAAACUGCGAGUCCUGGACCUUGCUCACAACCAGUUCGAGUACAUGCCCACCUCCACCGCCCAGCUGCCAGCCAUCAAGACCAUCAAUGUGUCCGGCAAUAAACUCAGGUCAAUGAAAUUUGCUGUGACCUUAACAGGCCUGGAGCAGUUGUAUGUGGCUGACAACUUAGUGGAGGUGAUACCUGAUGAGAUUUUCCACAUGAAAGCUCUCGUCACUUUGGAUGUCUCUGGUAACAGUAUCCGUGAGUUGCCAGAGUCCAUCGGGAAGUUGCGGGCUCUGAAGUCCCUGAAUGCUGCCCGGAAUAAGAUCAGCCAACUGCCGGAAACUCUGGGCCAGGACCAGCUGCUGACUUUCCUCGAUGUCUCCAACAACCGCCUGACGGUCGUGCCCUCAGACCUUCGCAAACUGAGGAAUCUGGAAUCAUUUCUGAUCGGACAUAACGAGAUAGCUGCCAUGCCCAAAUCUAUCGAAUUCUUGUACCAGAUUCGAACACUGGAUGUCGGUACCAACGGUCUUACCGAGCUAACACUGCCCAAAACUCUGACUCAUCUGGUACUGUCUGACAACCCUCUGAUUGUCAAUUCGUCUGACUACCGCUCCACCUUGGUUGUCAUGGGCGACAAAGACCACCUCCGCAACCUCACGCACCUGAAGCUGUGCAAGCUCGGCCUGGAUGAGGUUCCGGCCUCUGUCUUCAAUCUGCGGCUGCUGAAGCACCUGGACAUGUCUCAGAACCACAUCAAGACGCUGACGGACAGUGUGUGCAAGCUGCGGGGCCUGGAGGAGCUGGUGGUCAGCAACAACGAGCUGGAAGGUCUGCCAGCAGGCCUCUACGCUCUCCAGCAACUCCGCCGUCUGGUUCUGCGAGAGAACGGGCUGACAGAGUUCCUGCCCGCCAUCCUCAAGCUCUUCUCCAUGGAGGAGCUUGAUCUGUCCUAUAACAAUCUACGGCUGCUGCCAGACAACUUCGGCGACUUGAAGAAACUGCAGCGCUUGGACCUGUCCCACAACGACUUGGUCAUGUUUCCCCAGGACCGCGUUGAUGUGCUGGCCUCGCUGUACGAGCUGGACGUGUCCCACAACCACAUCGACCAGAUGCCCAUCCACUUUCCCUACCUCUACCGACUACGCAUCCUCCGUGCCAAGAGCAAUGACCUGACCUCCCUGCCAGGUGAAAUGGAGCGGCUUCAGUCCUUGGAAAUAUUUGAUCUUUCCGACAACAUCCUGGCGGCGCUACCUGAGACCAUCUGCAAGCUGCCGGCCAUUCGUGAGUUGGACGUGUCGGACAACAAAAUAACCGUCGGCUUCCCUAAGGCCUGGGAAAACCUGCGGCAGAGGGCGACGGUAGUAUGCGGGGAGCAGUCGUCUCAUAAAGAGAGACCGCCGCAGGAUCGACCACAGAAAGAGGAAGAGGUUAAGGACAGUCCCAAGGGAAAAAAGAAAGGCGGGAAAAAGAGUCCAAGCAGUGCCAGGAAGAGUCCAAGCAGUGCCAGGAAGAGUGAUGUUAUAAAGUCCGCCCCACCAGUAGCCACAUAAAGCCAACAGCUGUGAUAUUUAGGGUCCAAACAGUUUUGUAAAUAUCUUAUUAAUGCUCACUCCGUAGCUUCUGAUGCACAGGUGACAGGCUGUCCUGUGCUCAGCUCUCUGUUUACAGGGAGUUGACAUCUGUUUACAGGGCUGGCUGC